UAAUAAGUAACUUAUAUAACAACCUCAGCUCAACCUUUCUUUAAUUUAAUGGCUGCCUCCUGCUGCAUUCUGUACUUGCUCUUCCUCUUCCUCUUCUUCUUCACUGCCACAUCAACAAAUUCAACCUCUAAACCUACCCAUAAGUGGAUAGGACCCUGCGGCCACCGCAAUAUCACCGUCGACGUUAACGGCCACGGUGACUACACCACGGUUCAGGCCGCCGUCGACUCCAUUUCGGCCAAUAACCGGAAGAAUAUCCUCAUCCGUAUCUCCGCCGGUACUUACAAAGAAAAGGUGGUGGUUCCGGGAAAUAAACCGUACAUUACAUUUCAAGGGGAGGGAAAGGAGAAGACGGUGAUAGAAUGGCAUGACCGAGCAUGUGACCGUGGGGCGAAUGGGCAGCAGCUGCGUACUUAUCAGACAGCUUCGGUCAUCGUCUACGCUAACUAUUUCUCUGCCCGUAAUAUUAGCUUCAAGAAUACAGCGCCGGCUCCAAUGCCUGGAAUGCAAGGGUGGCAAGCUGCGGCGUUUCGGAUAUCCGGAGACAAAGCGUACUUCUUGGGAUGUGGGUUUUACGGGGCGCAGGAUACUUUAUGCGACGACGCUGGUCGCCAUUAUUUCAAGGAGUGUUAUAUCCAGGGUUCCAUAGACUUCAUCUUCGGCAAUGGUCGUUCCAUGUACAAAAAUUGCGAGCUACAUUCUAUAGCAAAGCGAUUCGGGUCGAUAGCAGCACACGAUAGAAGAACACCAGACGACAAGAGCGGGUUCGCAUUUGUGGGAUGUAGAGUGACCGGUAGCGGACCAGUGUACGUUGGUCGAGCCAUGGGUCAGUACUCACGGAUCGUGUAUUCGUACACCUACUUUGAUGACGUGGUUGCACGUGGUGGAUGGGACGACUGGGACCACGCCAGCAACAAAAGCAAGACUGCAUUUUUUGGUGUGUAUAGAUGUUGGGGCCCAGGGGCUGCAGCAGUCCGUGGAGUGUCGUGGGCCCGAGAGCUAAAUUACGAUUCUGCCCAUAAGUUUCUUGCUAAGAGUUUUGUCAAUGGACGACAUUGGAUUGCCCCUUGUGAUGCUUAGAUUUUAAUUCUUUAUUUUUUAGGUAUAUAAUUAAUUCUUCUUGUUCCAUUUUUAAGAAUUCGUUUGUGUAUACCGUAGGAAUAUUCUUUUUAUGGUUUACAAUUCAAUAUUUUUUUUAGCA